ACUUAUGACCAAAUUGCCCUUCAUUUCUCCUCACAUUGUGGAACCCACGAUCAAAACUUUAGCUUUUUGGGGGUGCUUGGCUUGUCCAUAAAUAAUCCUCCCUUACAAUUCCUUUCUCCCCUUUUCCUCUUCUUUCGUUCUACCCCCUACCUAUAAGCUAUUUCUCAGCCAUGAUGUCCACCGUUCUCCCCUCCGAAUCCGUCUUUAGCAAUAGUAGUAGUAACCCCUUCAACGGCGGUUUCACCCCGUGGGAGAAUCUUGAAUCUUUUUUUACUUCCACUCUUUAUAAACCUAAUGAUUCAAAUAAACCCAAGUCUAGUAAUAAGUCCAACCUAAGUUGUUACCAUGCCGGUUUUGGUCUAGGUUCGGAACGUCCUAACCUAAGUUGUUACCAUGCCGGAUCAGACUUAGGUUCGGAACAACCAAACCUAAGCUGUUACCAUGCUGGAUCAGACUUAGGUUCGGAAUUUCCAAACAAAGUAUUGCCUAGCUUUGACAAUACAAAUCUAGGUAGUUGCCAUAUUGGUUCAGACUUAGGUUCAGAAAGUCAAAGCACAAACACAACUUGUUUUGACCAACUUAACUUAAGUCAAUACCAUGCCAAUUUUGAAAGCCCAACCCAACAAUCACCUCCUUUUGACGAACUUGACCUAGGUCCUUACCAUGUUGGUACUGAUUUAGGUUCAGAACGUCCAAAAAGAUCCCCUAGUUAUGAAGAAUUGAGCCCUAAUCAGGAUCAACCAAACCAAAACUCAAACCCUACCAACUCAAGUUCAAGUUCAGGUUCAAGUUAUGAUGAUCCAAUCCAAAACCCAAAUCGACGUACGUGUCCUGAUGAUCCAGCCAAGAACAACAUCGAUGAGCGAAAGCGUAAGCGGAUGCUAUCAAACCGGGAAUCAGCUAGACGGUCCCGGAUGCGGAAACAAAAACACCUAGAAAAUCUAAGGAACAAUGCGAAUGAACUUAAAAUCCAAACUCGGGAGCGGUCGAACCAUCUGCGGUUAAUGACCCAUCAAAUUCAACAUGUAAGGAGAGAAAAUGAACGGCUCAAAGCCGAAUCAUUCAUACUCCAAAGGAAAUUAAUGCAUCUCAGCAAUAUUUGGAAACUUCAGCAACUUCAACAACAACAAUGUUCGUUCUCAACGACCAGCAACUUAAUGCACACGCCCAUGCAAAUAUAAAAUCAUAUAAUUAAUCAACGUAUUAUAUUUUUUCACUAUAACUAAGUACAUAAAAAAAAAUCCUCGAUCAUUAAGGCUAUGCAGAUCAUCUAUAUCGAUAUAUAAAUCAAUAAAUAAUAUAUAUAGAUAUAUGAUGAAUACUUGUACUAAUAAAUAAAAUUGGACAAGGGAGAUUAAUUAUACAAGGCAGCUAUAUAUAUAUAUAUUAUGAAUUAGAUGUAUGAUCGAUCUAUAUAUUCUCUCAAUCUAUGUAGAUCAUAAGAGAUUAGUGUAGUUUUUCGGAUGGUCUUAUAUUAUUAUUAUUAUUAUUAUUUGAUUGGGCGGGGUGAGGUUUUUUCUUUGUAACUCCAUUGAUAGGAAAUUUUUUUUCAAGUUUCCUGUUAAAAUAUGGAAUUGUUCUCUUGUAAAGAUGAAUUAAAGUUGGUGUUUGAUUUAUAAUUAGCAAAAACUUUUGGUCUCGCGUGCUAA